CUUGCGGUAUGUCGACUGUCCUUGUCGUUUGUCUUCUCCUUCUCCCGUCCGUCUUCUCGUGUCCGUCUCCGUGCAGCUGCUGGAGACGAGAAGGUGACGUGGUUGUUAACUGCGAGAGGAAGACCUUAAAAGCUAUUCCUGCGGGAAUUCCUUCUUCUACCACUAAGCUCUAUUUGCAAGACAAUCAGAUAGGAUCUAUUGGCACUUCUCUUCUCGGUCUGACGAACCUCACGCACUUGAGUUUGGAAGGAAACCGACUGAAGAGCAUCAGACAGCUGACGUCGCUUCAUCCGUCGUCUCGCAAUAGCUUGCGCACUCUGGUAUUCGACAGUAACCAGAUCGUUUGGAUCCCUGAUGGUUUCUUCAAGUCUUUUCCUCAUCUCGAGCUCGUGAGUUUUCAGGACAACCAGCUGCAAACAAUUGGAAAUAAGACGUUUGAAGACGUUCGUGCUCUGCAGUCACUGAACUUGGCCGGAAAUGAGAUUGUUGGCAUACAUAGGAAUGCUUUUGACUCGGCUGCCAGUCUGAGGGUGUUGAACCUCAAUAAUAAUAAACUGUCCAGCGUCCCUGGUGGGACACUUUCUCGUCUCAGGCAUCUCACUACAUUGCGCAUACAGAGAAAUUUCUUGACCAAGUUUCCUCCUGACCUCUUACAAAGCCAAUAUCCAAAUUUAGACUCGUUGUAUCUGCAGAAGAAUCGUAUAACAAGGAUAGGGAAAUUCACUUUUAAAACCAUGAAGUCUCUGAAGUAUCUCUCUUUGCAUGGAAACGAAAUAUCAGUGAUUGACUUUGGAUCGUUCAUGCCUCUCUCACAUCUCGAAAGACUGGACUUGAGCGGGAAUAAGCUCACACUGCUUCCUGUUGCUUGCUUCAUUGGCCUGACCAACCUGAACUACUUAGAUAUCAGCCAAAAUCAUCUCAGGAAACUCCCCGUUUCCCUAUUUGCUAGUGUACCAGUUCUUCACCAUUUAGAUGUUUCUGACAAUGAACUUUCGUCUCUUGAUGCAAAAGCUUUUGUUGAACAGCGUUACCUUCAAUCUUUAUCGUUAGCAAACAAUCAGCUUGCCUCUUUGGAUUGCUCCAUAUUUGAAAACGUUCGCUUUUUACAUCGACUAUAUCUCAGUAGCAAUCACUUUGAGCAUUUGUGUCCAUCUUUGCUGCAUUACAGCAAGGCUUUACAAGAAGUACAUUUGGAUGGUAACUUGUUAGCUUAUGUUCCACCUCAUGUUUUCUCUAAUUUGUCUGGAUUGAAGAAAAUAGUGUUGAGAGAAAAUAGGAUCAAAUCUGUAGCAGAGACAGCAUUCACUGGCGAUGAAAUGCUAGUUACUAUUGAUCUUGCAAACAAUCAGUUGAAAAGUAUUGCCAAUGCAACAUUCUGCAGUCUACCUAGGCUGCAGGAAAUUUAUCUUCAGAACAAUUUGUUUGAAAAGAUUCAUCCAGUUGUCUUCUUGUGCAUCAGACAUCUCACGACGUUAAACGUUCAACAAAAUCCAUUUCAUUGUUUAUGUGAGACAGUGUGGUUGAACGAUGUGCUCGAGUCGUAUGGAAACAAGCAUGUGCCGUGUGGGAGAGGAUUAGGGAAAACUCUACUUGUCUCAAAACAUUCUGUGGAGCCGAAAAACUGUGGCUCUUUGUCUGUUGCUGGUGUGCAGAUUGCACAGAGAGAUCAACCUGCGUCAGCGGCUGUAGUUCAUAUAGAGUCUGCUGCAAUGGAUAUUCAGCUAUUAAAUUUGGUUUCUGCAUUGAAGAAGAAAGUAUCAGUGUUAGAAAAUGAAACCGUUGCUUUGGAAAAGAAGCAGAAGCAGUUGGAGGAUACAAUUGCAGAGAUGGCCAAUGAGAUGAAGACGUUACGUUCUCAGAACAAUGAGGUCGUAACUGGACAAACUACAACGAAACUCAAGGGCUGUGUUACUCGUCCUGGAAGAACAUACACACAUGGAUCAACAUGGCGACGAGGUGCUUGUGGAAUCUGCAUUUGCAAGGAUGGAAAUGCAGAAUGCAGUUCACAAGCUCGAUGCCUGGACUAGUAGCAUCGAUUGUCAUCAAGACUACUUAUGAACUAUAGAUGUGAGAUGUGCGGCACUGUGCAACCUAAUUAACUUAUUCGGACUGAUAGCAUUUAUUAACAAGAAAGUAUUGUUUUACACUUAACUUAAUGAUAUACAUUCAAUGACUUUCAUUAGAUUGAGUUAAAAUGAGAGGAAGGUUGUCUGGAGAGUUCAGUGCAUUAGGAUUUAUGGAUUUUAUCAAAAAAACUUGUGUUAAAACAACAAUAAUACA